GAACUAUGAGCUGAUGUAGCGGUGACAAGGAUCCAUGCCUGAGAUCUUAUUCAACUGACGAAGAGCUGAAGGUACAGACAGAAUGUAUGGUAGAACAGGGCUUGAUCGAUUCAAGAAAGCUCAAUCAUUGGAGCCAUUUCAAGUGUCUGCAAAUUCAGCUGCUAAACCGGCAUUGCAGCCUACCUCAAAGGCGGUUGCUCAUCAACAAACUCAAUAUGUAAAUCCACAACCUGCUUUACAGAAAUCCGUGGCAGCAGAUGCAGCCGCUUCUACAGUGUCAACUCAUCAUGUAACUCACGGUGGGGGACAAUCAACUUGGCAGCCUCCUGAUUGGGCUAUUGAGCCACGGCCAGGCGUUUAUUAUCUUGAGGUGAUUAAGGAUGGGGAGGUACUUGAUCGAAUUAAUUUGGAUAAGCGAAGGCAUAUUUUUGGACGACAGUUUCAUACUUGUGAUUUUGUCCUUGAUCAUCAGUCAGUCUCACGCCAGCACGCUGCUGUGAUUCCACACAAAAAUGGAAGCAUUUACGUGAUUGAUUUAGGAUCUGCACAUGGAACAUUUGUUGCAAACGAGAGGCUGACAAAGGAUUCCCCUGUUGAGCUCGAGGCCGGACAAUCUCUGAAGUUUGCUGCAUCAACAAGAACUUACAUCUUGAGAAAAAACAACGAUGCUCUCUUCCCCUCUCCACGACAACCUGCAGAAAUAGAUUUACCGCCACCUCCGGAUCCUUCAGAUGAGGAAGCUGUUUUGGCUUAUAACACCUUUUUAAACCGAUAUGGGCUUACAAGCCCUGAUUCAGUGUCAAAAUCAGCAGUAUCAUCUGAGAGACCGACUAAAAGAAUUAGGAGAACAAGUGUGUCGUUUAGAGAUCAGGUUGGGGGAGAGUUAGUUGAAGUAGUUGGUAUUUCUGAUGGAGUAGAUGUGGAGACGGAACCCGGUCCAGUUGGUGUGAAAGAAGGAAGUCUUGUCGGGAAAUAUGAGUCCCUUGUAGAAAUUACGGUGAUACCCAAAGGAAAAGAACAGUCCUCCGUAAAAGAUGUCAACUUUUCCCAAACAGGUGUAACAGACAAACUUAAACAGGUAUUGAACAAGGUGAAAAAUCCUCCAAAGGGUGGGAUUUAUGACGAUCUUUAUGGCGAAUCAGGUCCUGGUAAAGUGGGUUCUUGGGCAUAUUCUGGUUCCGGUAAUGCUUCUUCUACUAACGAUGCUGAAGGAAGCUCCCCCGGUUCUUUAAGCAGAAUAUCUGGAAGUAUCUCGAGCAAUGUGGACGACGAUACUGAUGAUUUGUUCGGAUAACAAAUGCAUUGCUUGCUUUUGAGCAGAUUAAAUUAUGUUAGUCUUUGUAUUCUUCUUUUUAUUUUUCCCUUUCCUGGCGUGUGCACCAAAAAGGAUUCAAUUUUGAACUCAAUCUUUAUGUGUCAGGACACUGAAUCUCUGACUUGAGAUCAAUGGAAAAAAGUGUGUGUUAUCUUUCACAUUUUCAUUUUGUGCAAAACAA